AUGAUUCAUGUGUUCAACAGUCCUAUAGAUCCAUCAUCGAUGAGCGAGUUUCAACGACCCAAAAAAAGUGGUGAAAGUUUAUUUAAAAGCGAUUCUAAUAAAAGAAAGAUCACAUAUACCGAAGAUGGUCGACGUGUUAUCGAUGGUAAAGUUGAAAUGGAGCAAAAACCAAAUGAACUUUGGUCAGUUGCGCUUACGCGUUCAGUGGUUGGUGACUGGAAGGACAAAUGUGACGAACGUCUUGUUGAAAGGAGAUGGAAUUUCUGGGAAUAUCGUAAGAAUUUUUUUUGA